AAAAUGUAUGAACUGACAGCGGUUGGGGUUAGAACCUGACUCAGUUUCAGGUUCAAGCGAAAUCGCCAUAAUUUACAUGAGAGCGUUGCUAACGUUGCGAACAGCCUCAGUAUUUUUCUUUCAAUUUUUGUGCAAAGUGUUGCCCUCCUGUUCAUUGUAAAAUGAAAACGGCUUUAAUGGUUGCGGAAAAACCGUCUCUUGCGGCAUCAUUGGCGGCUAUUUUAAGCAAUGGAAAGUGUUCAUCAAGAAAAGGGUCAAAUAAUGCCUGUUCCAUACAUGAGUGGGUUGAUAAAUUUCAUGGUGAACUUACAAGAUUCAAAAUGACCUCUGUAUGUGGUCACAUUAUGGGUUUGGAGUUCGUUGGUAAGUUCAAUUCAUGGGACAAAGUAGAUCCAGCCGAACUAUUUUCCUGCCCUACCGAAAAGAAGGAAUCAACACCAAAUCUACGAAUGCCUCACUUUUUGAGUCAGGAAUCGAAGGGUUGUGAUUAUCUGAUUCUCUGGCUUGAUUGUGACAAAGAAGGAGAAAAUAUCUGCUUCGAAGUAAUGGCCGCAGUUUCCGGCAAUAUUCGCAACGUAUUUUCGGACCGAGUGACAUAUCGGGCGAAGUUUUCUGCAAUCACAGACAAGGACAUUAAGUGUGCGAUGGACAAUCUAAUUCAUCCAAACGAAAAUGAAGCAAAAUCUGUCGAUGCUAGGCAGGAGUUGGAUCUUCGGAUCGGAUGUGCUUUUACCAGGUUCCAGACAAAGUUCUUCCAGGGUAAAUAUGCAGACUUGGAUGCGUCGUUGAUUUCGUAUGGACCUUGCCAAACGCCAACUCUCGGAUUCUGCGUUCAACGGCACGAUGAAAUACAAACAUUUAAACCCGAAAGUUUCUGGUAUGUAAGUGUUUCCGUUGGAGAAAACCCGGAGAUUAAACUCGAUUGGGUAAGAGUUCGGAUAUUUGAGAAAGAGGUAGCAUGCAUGUUUUUGAACAGAGUCAAAGAUCAAAAAGAAGCUAUAGUGGAAAGUGUUACAUCAAAAGAAAUGUUCCGUGGACGACCACAAGCGCUAAAUACUGUUGAACUGAUGAGAGCUGCCAGUGCCGGAUUGGGAAUUGGGCCACACUCGGCGAUGCAGAUAGCUGAAAAGCUUUACACGCGCGGUUAUAUAAGCUACCCACGCACAGAAACAACGCAGUAUCCCACAAAUUUUGAUCUGAUUGGAGUUGUUAAACUGCUGCAACCAUCUGCAGAAUUCGGCGAAGAGGCCCGAAGUAUCCUUCAUGAUAUGAAUGCGCCGCGCAAGGGUAGUGAUGCCGGUGAUCAUCCACCAAUUACACCAAUGAAACUAGCAUCUAGGAACGAGCUUGAUGGCGAUACGUGGCGUGUGUACGAUUAUAUCUGCCGGCAUUUCCUCGGAACGGUAUCUCGGGAUCUCAAAUACCGUCUCACAACUACGAAGUUCAAGAUAGGCACCGAACAGUUCACAAAUACGUCCAGUGUAUUGAUUGACCCUGGAUUUACAAGUGUUAUGACCUGGCUAGCAAUGGGAAAAAAUGAAAUUAUCGCUCCAUUCAGCGUAAAUGAAAAGGUGAAAAUCAAUGAAGUACGACUUAUCGAAAGUCAAACAGGACCGCCAGAUUAUUUAACGGAGUCAGAACUAAUUUCGUUAAUGGAAAAACAUGGAAUCGGAACUGAUGCCUCUAUACCUGUGCACAUAAACAACAUCUGUCAGCGGAAUUAUGUUACCAUCGGAGGAGGUCGCACGCUGACUCCGACAAACCUUGGAAUCGUGCUUGUACAUGGUUAUCAGAAGAUCGAUCCCGAGCUUGUUCUUCCUACUAUGCGAUCAGCUGUUGAGCAGCAAUUGAAUCUAAUUGCUCACGGUUCAGCAGAUUACCGUUCAGUUCUCAAACAUGCGGUUGAAAUUUUUCGCCUUAAAUUCCUAUACUUCGUACAGAACAUUAGCAAUAUGGACAUCCUAUUCGAAGCAACCUUUUCUUCGUUGAGUUCUGCUGGAAAAGCCCUUUCUCGAUGUGGAAAAUGUCGCCGUUACAUGAAAUACAUUCAGUCGAAACCUUCCAGACUUCACUGUUCACAAUGCGACGAAACGUACACGAUGCCGAUAAAAGGUGUCGUACGCGUAUAUCGCGAGUUAAAGUGUCCAUUGGAUGAUUUUGAGCUACUUGCCUGGUCCAAUGGAGCGAAAGGAAAAUCGUAUCCCCUGUGCCCAUACUGUUACAAUCAUCCUCCGUUCAGGGAUAUGGCAAAGAAUUCCGGAUGUAACAGUUGUCCUCAUCCCACUUGUGCUCACUCGCUGUCCAGUUUAGGUGUUUCCAGUUGUAUCGAAUGCGACCGAGGUGUACUUGCGUUAGACUGUACUAUGUCUCCCAAAAGUUGGAAGUUGGUUUGCAAUUUUUGCGAUGUCAUCAUUAAUUGCUUCGACGAUGCAAUCAAAGUUAAUGUAGAUGUCGAUUCGUGUGAAGAAUGUGGAGCGCAGCAAGUUACAGCCAUUUACAAAUCUGAAAAGACACCGUUCAAGAACGAUAUAACUGAAAAGAAAGGCUGCAUAUUUUGUUUCCAGGAUUUCGUCCCCUUGGUAGAAAAACACAAAGCUGUAGAAAUGCGUCGUGUUCAGGGCGGACGAGGCAGGGGCCGUAGCGUACGAGGACGUGGAGGUAAAAGCAGCAGAGGACGUAACAAGACCCCUAAAGACAAAAUGGCACAACUUGCAGCUUAUUUUGUGUGAAUUCUAAACAACAAAAUCUGCAAGUGCAACGGGAAUGAUGGAUAGAAUAAGGACUUUCGAAACCUACAUCGGCUAGUGCUCGACCAGAUUCCCCAGCUUCAAAACAAUGCUACCGUUACUAAUUUUUUCACAUGUACAAAUCACAUAAUAUUCAUCUGAUAAUACAGAUAACCUUCGCUCAAAUUCAAUACAUCGAUUCGUUAAAUGAAUGUUAUUGUGCAAUAAUGAGUUAUAUGUGCUUCUUCUGCGAUUUUCAAUGAAUACACAUUAUAUGAAUGGGAUUACAAUGAACGUGGAGCUAUGUAAUGUUUUUAAUAAUUAUUAUCAGAUUUCUUGGUUCAGUGUAUGACGUUUUUACAGACGGGCUUGUAGAUGUUAGGGUGAAGUGUCUAUUUUCACCAUACUAAGCAAGGUGCCUCACUAAUUCGUUAAUUUCUCGCCCUACAAUUAAUGGAAUACGUAAAAAUUGACAUCAACAGCUUUGCUUCGUUGUUAAGAACCAAUAUAAUAACAAAAAUGCACUGAAAACAGUGAAAUUCUCGUGUUUGAGCGCAACGAAAACUCGAAUCGAGUGCCCCUAUUGUUGCGCUACCAUUUGUCUCAAUGCGUUGAACAAAGAUAGCAGACACUGCUCUAACCAAUGGCUUGAAAUGGGUAGGGUCAUAAUAGAAACAUGGCGCAAAUGGGCUCAUCACCCUAUAUAUUUCCUGCGCUGUAUUAUAAUGGAGAGUGUAUACUGAAAAUAAUCGACACGAUAAAACCAUAUGCAAUUAAACAUCACUUUCAUGUGCGUUCUCAUGUUAAAAAGUAAAAGAAAUGAUUUCCCUUUGAAUUUCACAUGAAAAUCCAUUAAAAAGCAUUUCAUGUGGUGCUUCAAAUUAAAUUCAAACAAAUUCUACGUGAAUACGACAUAUUUAUCCAUUGAAUGUUCAUUGCCAUGCUAUUGAGUCGUAAAGUAUGAACUUUCCACAUAACUUUCGCAUGUAUAACAUGUAGUGCAUUUCUACGUGUAAAACAAUUGAUUUCACCGAUUCUUCUGCCAAUGAAAUCUAUAAGUAAAACAAAGUGAUAUUCACGUGUAAUUCAUUUGGAAAAUUUAGUCAAUGGUAUUCCUUAUGAUGUUGAUGCGCUUUUCACGCCAUGUUCGCAUGAAUUUCAUUUGAAAACCAUAUAAACCAUAUUCACCACACUCGGAUGGAUAUUCAAGUGCCAACAUUUCAUGUGUUUGCGGAUUGAAAUAAUUCAAUAGAUUUCCACAUGAUGUUAACGUUUUAAGUUUUUUCAGUGUAGAUAUGGGUUUGGCAUUAAAAAGAUGCUAACUACACACGCAGAAAAAAAUUAAUAAAUUCAAAAAUAAACCACUUUGAAUUCAACAAAAUAUAUUUUUGACUCAGGGCUCAAUAGCAAUUUUCUUUGAAUCCAAAAUAUUUGUUGUUAGCUUCAAAGAAAAUGUUUGUUCUUUCUACAAUCAAUCUCUGCAACGAUUUUGUGUAGAUUCAAUUUUUUUUAUUUGAAUCAAUCAUAUGUUUUUUUGAAACAAAGAUUUUUUUUAUUACAUCAAAUAAGCUACUUUUUUAAAAUAAUACACUAAUCUAUAUGCCACAAAUUCUUUUAUUUUGCAUUGAAAAAAAUGCUGAAAAUGUUAUCAAUUAUAACAUGAUUGUUGUCUUGUUUUCUGUCAUCGCGUCAGUUCCUAAUUUCACUCUUCAUUACCUAAAACUAGAUAGCAAAUAAGAUGAAGUACAGAGAGAUCGUAACACGUAUAGUUGGCGACAUUGAUUCAGCAAGCGCCAGGAGAUUCUGAAUAAAAGAUAAGGAAUUACUCAUUUUAUCAUUUUCUGUUGUGCAUUUUACUUACCAGAAAUUUCUCUAUCUAUUUAUGCAUUGGAUACAUUUGAUAUAAUAGAUUUCCUCUUUACCGUUAAAAUUAAUUGCUGAUUGUUUCAGUUGCCACAAUGCAUCAAAAUGGUGUAAAUUGAAACAUGCAUAAAGAACAAAAUUAUAUUCAACAAUUAUAUUUUCAAAUUCAAUAGCUUUAUUUUUGUUUCUAAAGCUAAUAUUUUAAAACUAGUACUCCUUGUUAUUCGAAGCAAAGAUAUAUUUCUUCGAUUCAACAAUUUUUUAUACUUUGAAGCAAAGUCCUAUUAUUAUCAUUUCUAAUAUGAUCAUUUUCUCUGCGUGCAGUUGACUUGGCAAAACAUCACAUCUACAAAAUGUUAGCAAAACUUUGGUACACUAUAUGUGACAUUUUGACUUAAGAUUAAAUUAAUAUGUAAAGAGUUUUUUUCACUAUUAUUUGUAGAUGAUAAGGGGUCAAUGAUUAGCUUUUAUUUGGUCUAAUCAACUCAGUAUGUUUACAUUUGUUAGAUAUGACGUUUUGAAUAAACGUAUAGAGUUCAACCGGCGAACAAAAAAAUUCUGAGCUAAAAAUGAACGUCUAUUUUCACAUACUCUUUUUGGAAAAGAUGUUACAGUUCAAUUACCAUUAGUUUCAAAAAAAAAAUUGAAUGGAAUUGAAAAAAUAGCGCGAGGGACUCAACUAAAUUCUGUAAAGAUCUAGUAUAGGAUCCGCCAACUCUGUCCCCUGUUUUGAACCAAUCUUGAACAAGCUCGUGAUUGAACGAACUUGUCGUUAACAGACAGACGUUCAGCUUGGAAACUAUCGCGGUAAGCUUGAAAUUAGUUGGUACCGCCACACGGUACUAUCUUUGAUUUUAGGCCUGAGUUUUGUCCGGCUUAAGACGUUAGUACCUGUCAUUGCAGAAAUGGCUGCAUCCUGAAACCAAACGAAAACAGUGUAAAAGGCCGCCAUGUUCCUCUUGCAUACAUCUCAAUAACUUGAAUCUACUUUUUGACCUUCAUUCGCAUUAUCAUGGCCCAUGUUGCACACAAACCAUAUGAGGGCAAGUAAGCAAGUUUUAUCCCGUACGAAAAACAGGUGUAAUCGAAUUUUAAAUGCAUUUUUUAAUAUUCUUUAUCGUCCUAUAUCUAGAAGGUGCUACACGCUCAUUUCAAAACGCCACAUCGAAGAGCUAUAUUGCAGGUUAGCAGAAGUCGAAUCAUUUUGAAACAAACCGUCGAACGACAUUUUACAAUUGGAUUCAGAGAUGAAAAUUGUUUUCAAUUGUGAGUUUACCUAUGGCUAUCAAAAUGUGUGAAGUUUAAUUUGCUCACAAUUUUUUAGUUAUAUUAACAAGAGUAAAAGAAAAGAAUAUAUGAUCACAAUUUGUACCCUUUUCUAGUUAUAUCUUCUCACAAGAAACACAAUAAGCAAGUGGAAGUUUAUUUAUAUUUUUACUGCUUUCGAAGGAGCUCAAAAUUAAGAUUGAAUAAAAAAUUGUAAAUGAA